AUGCCGAUGCUCCCUGCCUUUCCAGGUGCCUCAGAUGUGUGGAACGGCCCAGGGUUUCAGCUUCAACCUCUUAGCUCUUCAGAGCAACAACAUCAAUAUCAAGCACUGUUCAAUCCUCCCUCGUGGAACGAUAGCAAUAACUCGAUGACUUCCAUGCCGCUCCUUCCUCCUACGUUCAUGAUGAAUCUCGCCAUGCAAAACCCGGAGAUGGCAAAAUCCAUGUUCAAUGGAUUUCCGUUCUUUCCCUUUGAUCCAAUGGCGUUCACAACAGAUGGUUCUGCUGGUGGAAUUCCGGGCAUGCCGGUGAUGCAGUCAAUCGAGGGCUUGACUGAAGGACAGAAGCAAAAUUUAGCUCAGCGUCCGCCGUCUGCGAGCCAGGAGUACCUUGCGCAGUCGUCCCGACCACCUGUAGAAACCCAUUCUUCCCAGCCUCUUCUUGUCAUACUUGACCUGAAUGGCACACUGAUCUACAGAAAACACCGGCGCCUUCCUCCAACGUUUACCAGGAGGGCCGGGUUAGAGAAUUUUCUUGACACGUUGCUCAGAAACUACAAGGUCAUGAUAUGGUCCAGCUCUCAGCCAGAAACUGUCAAAGCAAUUUGCGAGAAGCUGUUCCCUGGUGAAAAAAGAAAAGCUCUCGUGGCAGAAUGGGGUCGAGACAAGUUCGGUUUGACCACAGAUCAAUACCGAGCCAAGAUUCAGGUGUAUAAAACGCUCCAGACAGUAUGGGCGGACGAACAAAUCCAAGCAUCAUAUCCAAUUUCCGGAAAUAAGUCACAAUGGGACCAGACCAAUACCAUCUUGAUUGAUGAUAGCAAACUCAAGGCCGUCAGUGAGCCGUAUAACAUUCUUGAGGUCCCGGAAUUCAUCACUGAUGCACCUGAGGAUGAUUCGGUGUUUCCCAAGACUCUCAGAGUACUGGAGAUUCUAGCACAACAUGGCGACAUCAGCGCAACGCUCCGACGUUGGACAUCAAAAUUGUCCGGAAAGAAGAGCAUUCUCGAUUUCCCUUUCCGCGGUAAUAGCAUUGGUAUCAAACCCCGAACGUCACAAUCUCCCCCAUCUUUUCAAACGCAGCAACAGCACCAAGGCCCCCCAUCAGGCCCUACCGCUAUCGCACAAGCACGCAAAGACAGACGGAGACUUCGCAAACAAGAACGCAAGGCACGCCAGAAGGAGAGAAAAUCCCAAAUCAACGAAGAAGAAAAGGCUUCGCAAAGAGCCAACUCUCAGACGACGUUCAUUGCAGACCCUUCUUCUGCCCCAGCAGCGACUCCCCUUACCACCGCUGCAACUACUCCGAAGGAUGGUACAGCAGUGCUCACUGGGUAUGGACGUUCGCCGUCUCCUGCUACCUCGACUGAGUCUGAGAAUUUCCUUCUCGAUCGGUUAGAGGAGUCGCUGAAUGUCUAG